GAGUCUUUGCCUUUAAGCGUCCCCAGUAAGACUUCAUGCUUUGGAGGAGUUUUACCAUGACAUCUGUGCUGGUCCAUGGCAGUGCAGAAGUAAUGACUUUGAUGUAAAUUGAGGCAUUUUAAGACUUCGCUUCUGCUAAUGUAACAGUGAUGAACAUCAGAGAUAAAAUGAGAAAACAAAAUUAAAAAACGAGGAGAAAAACCACACUAGGGAAAUCACCCUAGGUUAACACAGUCCUGUUGUAAAAGCUAUGAAACUAAAUUAAAUGUCCAGAGCUGGCAGCAAGCAGCAUUUACAGAGGCGUUUGUCUGGGAUUUCUAUCACGGAUCGAUUAAAAUGCCCAUGGUCUGAAAAAAUGUCUCCAAGCAUCAAAAACUUGGAUUGUUUUUCUCCAGUGCUUUGUCAUUGUAAAGUAGCGUGCAGUAAAAGUACAGUCUCCCUAAUGUUUGGAUGCAAGAAAUACCGCUAUCAGGAUAAUGAUACACCUCCUCAAGAACAUGGUUCUCCGUCCCUGCACAUUGCCAGUGAAGUGAAAGGCCCAGAACUCGUUCAUGUGUCUGAGAAGAACUUGUCAAAGAUAGAAAAUAUACAUGGAUAUGUGUCCCAUUCACACAUAUCCCCAUUGAAGCCUACAGAAGCAGUUCCUCCCUCUGCUCCCGUUGUCCCUGUGAUCCCUGUCCUACCGGUCCCUGUUGAGACCAGUCUCAUUACAUCUACAUCACAGGCCAAUCCUCCUCCUGUUGUGGUGAAUGCAGAUAGCUUGGAUAUUCCACCUUAUGUGAAUGGAACAGAUGCAGAUUAUGAAUAUGAAGAAAUCACGCUUGAAAGGGGAAAUUCAGGCCUUGGUUUCAGUAUUGCGGGAGGUACGGACAAUCCCCAUAUUGGGGAUGACCCAAGCAUCUUUAUUACCAAAAUUAUUGCUGGGGGUGCAGCAGCACAAGAUGGAAGGCUAAGGGUCAAUGACUGCAUUUUGAAAGUGAAUGAUGUGGAUGUACGUGACGUCUCACAUAGCAAAGCUGUUGAAGCUCUGAAGGAAGCAGGAUCCAUUGUGCGAUUGUAUGUCAAAAGAAGAAAACCAGUAUCGGAAAAAGUAGUUGAGAUAAAGCUGGUCAAGGGUCCAAAAGGUCUUGGUUUCAGUAUAGCUGGUGGAGUUGGUAACCAACAUAUUCCUGGGGACAACAGUAUCUAUGUAACAAAAAUUAUUGAAGGAGGAGCAGCACACAAGGAUGGCCGACUUCAGAUAGGAGACAAACUUAUAGCAGUUAAUAACAUUUGUUUAGAAGACGUUUCCCAUGAAGAAGCUGUUACUGCCUUAAAAAAUACCUCAGAUGUUGUCUACCUGAAGAUAGCAAAACCUACAAGUGUGUACAUGAAUGACAGCUAUGCACCUCCAGACAUAACUAACCCCUCUUCUAGGCCAGUUGACGACCACAUUCUUCCAGGACAGUGUCUGGGUGAAACACCCACCUCUCCAACAAGAGGUUCUCCCUGGUCUAGGAUUGUUAUAGGGGGUGAUAAUAUUUUUAAGGAACUUAGGAAAGUAAUAUUGCAUCGUGGCUCUACAGGCCUUGGUUUCAAUAUAGUCGGUGGUGAAGAUGGCGAAGGAAUUUUCAUAUCGUUCAUUUUAGCGGGAGGACCAGCUGAUUUAAGCGGAGAGCUGAGAAAAGGAGAUCGCAUUAUAUCUGUAAAUGGUGUGGACUUGAGAAGUGCAACACAUGAGCAAGCUGCUGCAGCCCUCAAAAAUGCAGGUCAGACGGUCACCAUCGUUGCCCAGUACAGACCAGAGGAGUACAGCAGAUUUGAAGCAAAAAUUCUUGACCUACGGGAUCAAAUGAUGAACAGUGGUAUAAACUCUGGAUCGGGGUCUCUGCGAACCAGUCAGAAACGUUCCUUAUAUGUAAGAGCUCUGUUCGAGUAUGAUAAGACAAAGGAUAGUGGACUGCCAAGCCAGGGUCUAAACUUCAAAUUUGGGGACAUCUUACAUGUUAUCAAUGCUUCUGAUGACGAGUGGUGGCAGGCACGGCAAGUAACUCCAGAUGGUGAAAGUGAAGAGAUUGGAGUAAUCCCAAGUAAACGCAGGGUUGAAAAGAAAGAACGAGCACGGUUAAAGACUGUGAAAUUCAAUUCCAAAGCAAGAGGCGACAAGGGGCAGUCAUUCAAUGACAAGCGUAAAAAGAACCUCUUUUCUCGAAAAUUCCCUUUCUACAAGAACAAGGACCAGAGCGAGCUGGAAACAAGUGAUGUUGAUCAGCACGUAACCUCUAAUGCCAGCGAUAGCGAAAGUAGUUACCGUGGGCAAGAUGAGUAUGUCCUGUCUUAUGAACCAGUUACUCAGCAAGAAGUUCAUUAUACUCGGCCAGUGAUUAUUUUAGGACCUAUGAAAGACCGAAUUAAUGAUGAUCUAAUAUCAGAGUUUCCAGAUAAAUUUGGGUCAUGUGUUCCACAUACAACCAGACCAAAGCGUGAUUAUGAAGUAGAUGGACGAGAUUAUCACUUUGUCACAUCUCGAGAACAGAUGGAGAAAGAUAUUCAAGACCACAAGUUUAUUGAAGCUGGCCAGUACAAUAAUCAUCUAUAUGGAACAAGUGUACAGUCCGUACGAGAGGUAGCAGAAAAGGGUAAACAUUGCAUCUUAGAUGUAUCGGGCAAUGCAAUCAAGAGGCUACAGAUCGCCCUUCUUUACCCAGUUGCAAUAUUCAUCAAACCAAAAUCAAUGGAAAAUAUAAUGGAAAUGAAUAAACGUUUAACAGAAGAACAAGCAAGGAAAACGUAUGAAAGGGCAAUGAAGCUAGAGCAAGAAUUUACAGAGCAUUUCACAGCCAUUGUCCAGGGAGACACUUUAGAAGAGAUAUACAACCUUGUGAAGCAGAUUAUUGAAGAACAAGAAGGCCCUUUUAUCUGGGUUCCUGCCAAGGAAAAAUUAUGAAUAUGCACAUUUUUUUUUAUUUUCUAAUCGACAUUGCCCACUACAUCUGGCAGCCCUAAACUCCUUUCUGCAGGACCUGCUGAUACUCUUGUAUGACGUUAGCCACUGCCUCUUUGUAACAUCUGAGCUUCCUGUCAUGUUUGACAGUUUGGUUGUCGUCCUUAGUUAAAAUAGCUUUUUAUACAGGAAUUUGUUCAACUGCACGUUUUCAGCAAGGAAAGGAGGAAUGGUCUGACCAUCUAUUAAAGUGGGAUUCUGUGGUACAGUUCCUUAAUGUUUAAGGGAAAAAGUGUCUUACACCAGUUUUUAGAGAAGCUUUACUUGUCUUCAUUUUUGGUUUUCGUAACAAAGGACAAACUGUCAUUUUAAAUUGAAAAACUUGAAAGCAAGUUUGCACGUUCAGCUUUAAUAGCAUGGUUUGGCAAAUGUGCUUUUUUAUCUGCUUUUGCUGCUCACACAGAAUGAUUUUAUUGUUGCUGAUAAUUUCACAGUGGUCAUAAUUUUUGGCAGCAUCUAAUGUCCAUCAGGCUGCACCAAAUGUCUUAAGUAGUCAUUUCUUUUUAGUAGUCAUCCUCCUCCAUCUUGUCAAGAAAGUUUUGGGUGCUUGAAGUGUUUAAUUUAAUUAGGAGUAACCAAGUUAAAUUAAUGUAUAAAAAUGCAGCAUUUUUCAAGUGGGGUGGCAUUGCAUAUGCUGAAAGGGCUGAGGGUCAUAGGUUAAUAUGAAGAGUAUAUUCUUAGGUAUUUCAGAUUUUAAUAAAUAACCCACAGUAACUGUCUAUUUUGUUAUAAAAUAUAUAUAUUAAACUUUCUUUGUCUAAACACUAUAAUUGCAGGAAUUAUUUUCUUUACAUAGUUGUAUACAAAUAUAUAUAUUUUCCCCAUUUACUUUGACCACCUGCUCCUUUUACAUUUUAGGAAUAUUGUUUGGAAAUUAAAUUACCACUGAUCUUUACAAAUUCAAAAUGGGGAGUAAGGUGGUUGGGUAAAACCAGUAUUUGGAGGAAAAUGGCUUCAUGAAAAAUCUUAAGGGCAAGUUCUCCUCUCUUAUCUAUGCCUUUUUUCUUGUAAUAUGCAUGAUUUUAACCAAGGAUGAUUUCAUAAGUAUCGUUUUGAUGCAUCUUCCCACCUGGAAGUGCAUAUGUCAGAUCUUCCAUAAUAGAUGUACAAUAGAACUGUACAGGUUUGUGUUCAUAUAAUAUAAAUUUAUUUUAACAGUAUAUAGGAAUUUUCUCUAUAAAUAAACAAUGCCUUUAACAAAGUAAAAGCACUGCUAGGUACUUGAACAUUGCUUGUUAUCCAGAAAUGGUUGUUUUAUAUGAAAAUAUAUGCUUCUAAAUAAUUACUUCAUGACUGCUUUCUUACCAAAACUGUGACUGGUCUGUAAAUAAAAAAUGUUGUCAUUCCAUUUCCGCCAAGAGGAGAACAGCUAAUAAAGUUUAUUAUGCAA